AUGGUCACGUGGCCGCGGCACGCAGACCAGUUCAACAACGACAUGCUCAUCAUGGAGAUGCUCGAGGUGGGUGUCAGCGUCGGUGCCAAGGACUACGGGUCAUCCCUCGAGGCGCACGAGGUGGUCGGCGGCCAGGUGAUCGCCGGAUCCAUCGGGAGGUUGAUGGAGAGCGACGCCAUACAGAAGAAGGCCAGGGACCUCGCUGUGAAGGCAAGGAGCGACGUGGCGAACGGCAGGUCUUCGUACGACGCCGUUGGCCGGCUGAUGGAGGAGUUGACGGCUCGCCGGAGUUCCGUCAAUCAAGGUUAA